CCCCUUUCUGUUAUUCUUCAUCUCCGUCUCUCCUUUCGCUCGACGUCGCCGACGAACCUCCUCCGAUCCAACAAGCCAUGGCGGGCCGGUUCUUCCAGUCGCCGUCGCCGUCCACCAUGAUCGUCACCAACACCCCCGCCGCCGACCUCGCCCUCACCAACCUCGCCUACUGCUGCCCCUCCGAUCUCCACCACUUCGCCGUCCCCGGCACCCGGCUCUCCCUCGCCUCCUUCGCCGCCGACUCCUUCGUCCUCUCCAUCUCUCCUCACGAGGGUCUCCGCCCUGGCCACAUCGCGCUGAAUGCCAUCCAGCGGCGCCACGCGAGGGUCUCGACCGGGGACUCGAUCUCCCUCGGCAGGUUCGUGCCGCCGGAGAAUUUCGAUCUGGCCUUGCUCACGCUCGAGUUGGAGUUUGUCAAGAGAGGAGCCAAAAAUGAACAGAUUGAUGCUGUUCUACUGGCUAAUCAACUACGGAAGAAGUUUGUCAACCAGGUUAUGACAGUAGGGCAAAGGGUAUCAUUUGAGUAUCAUGGGAACAACUAUAUAUUCACAGUCAAUCAAGCUGCUGUGGAGGGACAAGAAAGGUCAAAUGGUCCUGAAAGAGGAAUGAUCUCAAAUGACACAUACAUUGUCUUUGAAGCAUCGAAUGCUAGUGGAAUUAAGGUCGUCAAUCAACGUGAAGCUGCCAGCAGCAACAUAUUUAGGCAGAAGGAAUUUAACCUUCAGUCCCUAGGCAUUGGUGGCUUGAGUGCAGAGUUCGCGGAUAUAUUUCGAAGGGCUUUUGCUUCUCGUGUUUUCCCUCCUCAUGUGACUAGCAAGCUUGGUAUUAAACACGUAAAAGGUAUGCUGCUUUUUGGGCCUCCUGGCACUGGCAAAACCCUAAUGGCUCGUCAAAUAGGAAAGAUGUUGAACGGCAAAGAACCAAAGAUAGUCAAUGGUCCUGAAGUGUUGAGCAAAUUUGUUGGUGAAACCGAGAAGAAUGUUCGAGAUUUAUUUGCUGAUGCUGAACAGGAUCAGAGGACUCGCGGCGACGAGAGUGAUUUGCAUGUCAUCAUUUUUGAUGAAAUUGAUGCUAUAUGCAAGUCAAGAGGAUCGACCAGAGAUGGUACUGGAGUUCAUGACAGUAUUGUAAACCAGCUACUUACAAAGAUUGAUGGUGUAGAGUCACUGAACAAUGUUUUGCUUAUUGGAAUGACCAACAGAAAAGAUCUUCUUGAUGAGGCUCUUUUGAGACCAGGACGCUUGGAGGUACAAGUUGAGAUAAGCCUUCCCGAUGAGAAUGGUCGCUUGCAAAUCUUUCAGAUCCACACAAACAAGAUGAAAGAGAAUUCUUUUCUUGCUCCUGAUGUCAGUCUUCAGGAACUUGCUGCUCGUACAAAGAACUAUAGUGGUGCAGAAAUUGAAGGUGUUGUGAAAAGUGCUGUAUCAUAUGCUCUGAAUAGACAAUUAAGUCUUGAUGAUCUUACGAAACCUGUGGAUGAAGAGAGUAUCAAAGUCACUAUGGAUGAUUUUUUGAAUGCACUCCAUGAAAUUGUUCCUGCAUUUGGAGCUUCCACAGAUGACUUGGAAAGAUGCAGGCUUAAUGGCAUUGUAAGUUGUGGCGAUCGACAUAAGCACAUAUAUGAACGAGCAAUGCUACUGGUUGAGCAAGUUAAAGUGAGCAAAGGAAGUCCGCUUGUCACUUGCCUCCUGGAGGGUCCGAGUGGCAGUGGUAAAACUGCUCUGGCAGCUACAGUUGGCAUCGACAGUGAUUUUCCAUAUGUUAAAAUUGUCUCGGCAGAAACUAUGAUUGGAUUACAUGAGAGCACCAAAUGUGCACAAAUCGUGAAGGUUUUCGAGGAUGCAUACAAAUCACCAUUGAGCAUUAUCAUCCUUGAUGACCUUGAAAGGCUACUGGAGUAUGUCGCCAUUGGGCCUCGAUUUUCAAAUUUGAUAUCUCAGACAUUGUUAGUCCUUUUGAAGCGACUACCUCCAAAGGGAAAGAAGCUUCUCGUGAUUGGGACAACAAGUGAAGUGAGUUUCUUGGAUUCAGUUGGUGUCUGCGAUGCCUUUUCUGUCACUUACCAUCUCCCCACGUUGAAGACAGUGGAUGCGAAGAAGGUGUUGGAACAGCUAAACGUUUUCUCUGAAGAUGACGUUGAUGCCGCUGCCGAGGCUCUGAAUGAUAUGCCCAUCAAGAAGCUUUACAUGCUGGUAGAGAUGGCAGCCCAGGGUGAGCAUGGUGGGGCUGCCGAGGCCAUCUACUCCGGCCGACAGAAGAUCAAGAUUGCUCAUUUCUACGAUUGCCUUCAGGACAUCGUUCGUUACUAAAAUGCGGCUAAUCACUGUAGCAUCCCAUAUCGUUUAUUCUUUUUUCACAUGAAGAUCUGUAUAUUUCUUGUUGAAACUUUUCUUGCAGUCGGCAUGAGCUGUUCAUUUGUUGAGUAGCAAACACUCGCGAUUUUGUGAAGGAGUUACCGAGGGUUACUUGACAAAGCACACUGGUCCUGUGAAUUACAGACUCUUGUUUCGUGGUAUUCUCAUGAUUGGGAACUUUAAUAUUAUGGCCUUUUACUC